CCCCUUUCUCUUUUUUCUCUCUUUCUAUUCUUUCUCCCUCUCUAUCUAUCCCACACAACUGUCGUCUGCUAUUCAACCAUUUUAACCAACAGUCCUGCCUGCCAUUAACACAUUGAUUGAAUCGCUCAGAUUUCUUCUAACUUCAAACAUUUUCUCCGUCCACAGAUUUUGUUUAGAGUAUCCCAAGAGAUUGGUUUAAUUAAGCAACAUGGAAUCUUUGACAGAUGACAGUCUUGAAAAUAUCCAGACAGUUUAUAUUUCAUCAGUUAAAAGAGUCAUGUCUGUUAUGUCAUCGUAUUGGAAACAGCUGCAACUUAAGCAGAUCAUGGACAAUGUAAUGAAUAAUGUUCUGUCUAUAAACCAAUUUUGGUCUUGGAGCAUUCUGGCAAUAAUAAUUGUGACAAUGAUUCUCAGGAACAAACGUAGCAAAGCUAAAAAAUCUUUCUAUACUGAACUGACAAAGAAAAAAGACGAUUUUAAGAACCCAUAUAAACUGAACAUAUACGAUCUGUGUAAGACAGCUUACCGUCCAGGACACACUGAGGCUGUUAUUGAUCUAAUAGAACGUUUGCACUAUGACAUCAAUGCACCAUUACCAUCCAAUGGCUUAACUCUAUUUUCAUGUGCCUGCCUCAGUGGAUCCAAGAAAUUGAUUCUUUAUUUACUGCUAAAAGGGGCUGACCUUAUGAGCGUCACCAAAGAUGGCGAUGGACCUUUGUAUUUAGCCACGUAUGCUGCUCUUAAUUCUCCAGAAACAGAUGUUACCACUCUGGAUUUGCUCAUUACAUAUGGAUGUGAUGUGAACAGACAGAACAAUAAGGGAUACACACCUUUACACCGAGCCGCAAGUAAAGGGAACUACAAAGUGGUUAAGUGUCUACUUCGUCAUGGUGCUCGCAUAAAUGUGCCCAACAAAUCUGGAAUUUAUCCAAUUGACUGUGCCAGUAAUGCAGGUCAUCCAGAAAUAGCCAAAAUCCUGGCAUUUAAAGUGAACAACCCCCAUGUGUGGGAUGUCGUGGAACCUCACACUCCUCCCAGUAUAAAAAUGGGCUUAAGAACUCCCAUGCGACCAAACAUUUUGCAAAGUCCAACUUACAAACGAUCGUUCAUCUCCCAAAGGAUGAAACCAAUGUGAGAGGGAAAAAAAAACAAGAGAGGAAAAUAACAAAAGUAGAGGAAUAAAAAUUACAAAUGGACAAAUGCUGGGUUGUCAGAUAAAUUUGUCUUAUUUUUCUACUUGGCACUCCUGAA